AUGCUUAAGAUCUACCUCCUGUGAGUGAUAAUCUCGCUGAUUUCAUGACAAUUUGUAACUGAAGAAUUUACAGUUUCUAACUACCAACAUUGAGACUAUACUGCUUCACCUUAUGAAGAGUAUGGGACAACUUGAAGGGCUCAUGACUCAGAAUGAGACACUGAAGAAGGGUAUAGGACAUACUACCAAGAGUCUUGAGAUGACGGAUAUUCCUACUCUGAAGAAUGUGAUUACGAAGAUCUCAAGCUUUAUGACGGUAGUACAGGCUCUUGCCAGACUAUCGAGUCGUUUAGUGGAUACUCAAACACUUGAAUUCAAACAUUCACUGAUGAAGAUGAGACUAGUCAACAAACUACUGAGGAAAACUGUUAUGAUAGUGAUGGAGGCUAUGACCAUUCAGUCGAAGUCUAUAAGAGAAGGGAUAGAUUUGGAAGCUAUGAUUACUUUAGUCAAUAUGAAUACUUUUAUGUGGAAGACAGAAGAAACUUAAGCGGAAGUUGUAUUACUGAUACAUCUAGAGGAAUCGAGAAUCAAUGUUCCAAAAGUUAUCAAUAUAGCAUUGACUCUACUAGUGAGUUACUAUGGACUAAUCUAGAUGAAUGUGCUAUCCCUCCGAUCUAUGAAGGAUGCUUCUGAAAUUGUACCAUCAGUUCAGAUGAUCCCAGAUCAGAUCCACCAAUCUGUAGAAAUGUCGGAACUUGCAACGACGAGGAAUAUAGAGAACUUCAAGAUAACUUUGAGGAUAUCGAGCUCACUGCUGACGCAUGUGGAUGUAAACCUAAUGCUAGUGGAGCUCUUCCUCAGGACAAUCAAGGCUUCAUUCAACUUUUUGGUGCACAGAUUCAUUGCCCUACUGUAUGUUGGGAACAAGAAAACAUUUAUGAUUUGUUGGAAGAUACAGAGAUAAUACCUAUUCCCAGACCUGCAAAUCUUACCCGAGAGGUAGUUAGCCCUUAAGCCAUAAUUUAUUUAAGACAUAUA